AUGUGGGCGUCUCUGUUUUUGGCCGGGAUCUUAAGCGGCUGGUGGGGCGCACUGGCGCUCGCUGCGGCACCCCCCGCCAAUUGGAACACCCUCGAGGAGACGUCGACGAGGACCACCAGCGAUCAUCCGCCAUCGAUGAGCAUCGCCGCCGUUGAAAAGCCCCUCGAUUACCGUUUACCAAGUUGGAACUUCGUUACGCGAACUAUCGGUAGACGUGAGCACCGAACAGCCGACCAGAGUCUCGCUCAACCGACGCGAGAUUACAAAUUACCGGUUGACAACGACGAUCUUCUCCUUGCAGCGUCGCGGCUUAACAAACGAUCCGAACAACUUCAACAGCAGCAGCAGCAGCAGGAGAGAGGAUCCGCCUCCAACUUACAACUUAUCGGCGAGAAUGACAAACAACGGGUCGUCGAGUCAAAUUCGUGGACGUACCGGCAGCACGAUGACGAGGGUUCCAACAGUUAUCGAACCGUCGCUUCGUCCACUUUCCCGGUGGGGAAUCCAGGUUCGCAGGAUGCCUCGAACAGGUACACGGAGGAGUUCGACGACUCGAUACGCGACGUGUUCGUAUCCACGUCGAAGCGGGUCGGUGGUGGUCGUCGAGGACUCGAGGACAAACCGACGAACGUUCGUCGUCCAAAACUGGAGGAGACAGGAUUGACCCGGCCACCGCGUCACUCGUCGACGCAAACGCCGAUUCUCUACUCGUCCGGGACCACCGAGUCGUCGAUGGAGAGGCCGCGCGUCGCCCGAUCCACGAAACAACGACCAAAGAACCGCACGAAAGCCGACUCGCCGAGAGAGCAGCGACGGAGAUGCCGGAACAAGGGUUGCCGCGGUCAGAAUUGGUGCCCGGACGUGGACGUCGGGAACAGGGCGUAUCUGGCGCCAACGGUGUUCGAGGGGAAGGCGAGGAGCAUGUCGUCCGUGAGGAAACCAGGCUCGAACUACGCGGUGACGUUCGAGGUGAAGCAAGUAUACAAGAGCCAGCCUGGUUUCCAACCGUUGCAGAAGAACGACAGCGUUCGGCUGCACUUUCGCGACAAGUUGGCACCGGGCAAGUCAACCGUUUGCGGCUACGACACCGAUGCAACAGGGAAGCAACAGCAGCAACAACAACAACAACAACAACAACAACAGCAACAGCAACGCGAUAAUCAGAGUGGUGUGGUGCGAGCCAAUAUUAAGAGGGGUAAAGUGUAUCUAGUGUUUGUGAAUCGCGUGGGACCCAGAAACUUCACGAUCCUCGGUGAGCCGGUGAUACGAAGCAAGAAGAACGAACAGGCGGUGCAGGCUGUCACUCGACCGGAUUACGAUGCUCGCGGAUGGCGGAGCCACACCGCGACGUUUCUCCGAUACGCUCGCAUUAUAUACGACGGAAAAAGGCCGGUUUUGCCGGCUGUUAGAAACCUAAUCCGGCACACGCGAUUCCAGCCGGUACGAAACGGUGUGUUUCGGCUUCGGCAAAGAGUCAUUCCGGACAAGUUAGAACCGUGA